AUGGGAGACAAAUGCUGGAGGCUCACUCAGCUGCUGGCCAUCUUGGUCCUGGUGGCCAAGUUGGGUCACUUUCAAAGGUGGGGAGGCUUCCAGGAAAACUCCACGAGCAAGGAAAACAUGAACUCAGCGCUCAGAUUCUUCAUCGACAGCUACAACAACGCUAGCAGUGAUGCCUACUUAUUCUAAGUGUAGAAGUUACUUCGGAGUCAGGUGCAGCUGACGACAGGUGUAGAGUACCUGGUCUCUGUGAAGAUUAGCUGGACCAAAUGCAAAAGUAAUCUGUGCCCCAUUCAAAAUAAUACAAAGCUGAAGAAGACUUACAUUUGUGAUUUGCUGGUAUAUACUGUGCCCUGGACAAACUGUUACCAACUCUGGAACAACUCCUGUCUGGAGGUUUAA